UUUUAUUUUUUAUUUUCUUGUGAUUUUUUCCGUUUUUCUCCUCUCUUUAGUUAAAAUAAAAUAGAGCCUCAUAAACCCGAACCAAAAGCAUAUACAAAGAACCAACUACAACAACAAUGUCAGAACCCCCUGAAUCCAGUAGGAUCAUAUGCUGCAUCGGCGACAUCCACGGCUACAUAACCAAACUCCAAAACCUCUGGUCAAAUCUCGAAAACACAAUCAACCCAUCACAAUUCAAAACCGCCACAAUAAUCUUCUUAGGCGAUUACUGCGAUAGAGGUCCACAAACUCGUCAAGUAAUCGAUUAUCUCAUUUCUUUACCAACUCGUUACCCUAAUCAGAAACACGUGUUCCUCGCUGGAAACCAUGACUUUGCUUUCGCCGCUUUCCUCCGCCUCCUCCCGCCACCGCUUGAUGGAUCUGAUUUUUGUGAUGGGUGGAAGGAGUUUGAGGAAAGUGAAGAGAGAGAAGGGUGGUUUAAUGGUGAUGGAUAUGAGAAGAUGCAUUUACAAGGGAGAAGAUGGAGUGGGAAAAUUAAAGCUAAGUUUAAUGUUGCUAAAGGGACUGAGUAUCAGGGUUCUAUUUAUGAUGCUGGUCCCACUUUUCAAUCUUAUGGAGUUUCUCAUGGGUCUGCUGAUCUGGUUAAUGCAGUUCCUGAUGAGCAUAAGAAAUUUCUUGCCGAUUUGGUGUGGGUCCACGAAGAGGAUGAUGUCUUUAUAAACACUGAUGAUGGAGUUAAGUGCUGCAAGUUGAUUGCUGUUCAUGCUGGUUUGGAGAAAGGUGUAGAUGUGAAAGAGCAGAUGAAAAUUUUGAAAGCUCGAGAUACUCGGAUACCAAAGGUGCAGCCUUUAAGUGGUAGAAAGAAUGUAUGGGAUAUUCCAGAGGAACUAAGUGCAAGUCCAACUAUCAUUGUUAGUGGUCACCAUGCAAAACUCCAUGUUGAAGGCUUAAGGUUGAUAAUUGACGAAGGCGGUGGAUACCCUGAUAAACCAGUAGCUGCAAUUCUUCUUCCUUCCAUGAAGAUUAUUCGUGAUACUGAUGUAUUGGCAAAAUAGGUUUGUAUUUGUGAUAGUCUUGCUCGUAUACAAAGUAGUCAAGUUAUUAAGACUCUGAUAAAUGCUAGACCAACAUUGUAAGGCUGUAACAUUGUGUCUAUUCCUUCUCAUCUUAAACUUGGGUAUGAAAGCAGCCAUUUUCUUUGCGCGUGUAGGGUUCACAAUGACAAGAAAAUAUCCAUUUAGAUAAGAAACAUGCAUACACAAUAAUGUAUAUACUAGUAUUAUUAUAAUCUUCAUCCUCAAA